CAUCGAAAACACACCUAAAAAAAUACGAUUCGAGGGAAUCGUGCCUGCCUUGGACGAUGAGACUCGGAGACAUACAUACUGAAAGAUGUUAUAUUUAAUCAGGGUCUAUGCUGAUAACGUAUUUAUUGUUUUUGUUGUUGUUGUUGUUGUUGUUGUUGUUUUCGAUGCUUAUUAUCACGACGAAAGCAAAGUUUGCUCCUUGACUUGGGGUGUUACGUUUUCAAAAAAGCUUUUCGGGAAGUAACAAGGUUAAACCAGUGUUGAGUACCUAUGGAAAAUUCAGAUACCGGCUCCGAAUGUCUUCAGAACUUCUCCACUGCUGUGCCAUUAACUGCUCUGAUUCCAGUAGUAACUUUGUCAACGCUUGCUGGACUUGCAGCCGUCUUCCUAAACGUCUUGGUGAUCUGGGUAAUUUACCAAACUCCCACUUUACGUUCUGUGACGAAUUAUUGGAUUAUUUCUCUGGCGGUUGCAGAUUUACUGAUUGCCAUCUUGGGUGUACCAGUUUGGUGUUUGAGAUUGCUUCACAAGGCGGAACUCAUAAAAUUCAAUGUACACAAUCUUUUCACGGUGAUCGUGGUUUUGACGCUAAGCUCGUCCUCCAUGAACCUUUUAGCACUUAGCUACGAUCGAUUUGUUGGCGUCAUCUCGCCGUUUAAGUAUCACACUCGGUUAACCCGAGCAAGGAGUGGAAAAAUCAUUGUCGGCAUUUGGAUAUCGUCUCUUUCUGCCGCUUUUGCAACAUUACGGAAAAAAUGCGCCAUUUCCCCGGAGGGACAUUUUGUCCUCUUCACAGGGAUCUUCGGUAUUCCGUUCCUAUUCAUCGGUUAUAUUUAUUUCCGUAUUUUCAAAGAAGCUAAAAGACAGAAACGUUUGAUUAAAGUUCAAAUAGUCACAUCAAGUCAAGCUCACGACCAGCCAAGCUUCAUGAGAGAAAAUAAAGCUGCAAUGACAGUUGCUAUGGUUACUGGCUCCUUUGCAUUUUGUUGGCUUCCAAGUUGGGUUGAUUCAAUAAUCCAUCUUGUUUCUCCCACACUGUGGAAUGAAACUCAGGUAUGGUUGGCCACAACUACUCUGGCCUUAUUUCCUCCUGUUUUAAAUCCUAUUUUUUAUUCGGUGCGAAUUGAGGCUUUCAGGAACACAUUUCGUACUGUUGCUUUCAGAAACAGGAAGCGAAAUUCUGUCAACGUCAUUCGUAAUUUUUGAAAAACUUUCCUAUAUACAUCGGAUAUAUGUGACAUUUUAUUACCUUUUUAUUUCUUUUUUUUUGGUAUUCACUGGUGUUUAUAUAAUAAAAAUAAAUAUAAUAAAUAAAUAUAGUAACAAUCAGCAGGCGAGAGGUUACAAUAAUUUUUCAACCCGAAAUAAGUAUGCACCUGAAAUCAAGUUUUUUACUUUGAAUAGUUUCGACGUUAUCGCAGAAUAAUUAGUCUGUCUGUACAAACUUAGAAACUGGGUCUUUUAUUUCACAAACAGCUGUAAAAACAGCAAACAUCAUAAUAUUUUCUUAAGAUGAUGGCUGGUGAAGACCAUCAUUUUUCAAACAUCAACGUUGACAAACCUUUUAAAGAGGUCAGUGAUAAAGAAAUAGAGAAAUUGACGACUGAAAUGAAACUUGGAUGUUGGUUGGUUAAAAGUAAUGAGUUAAACGCAAGGGAUGAGCCAUUUGCCUUUUAAGGGGGAGGGGGGCGGCGGAUGAUUUUGAAAACUACAUCCCGAAGCAUAUUUGUACCAAAAUAAAUUCAUUCACACCGCGACCACUGCCGAAAAAAAAAUCCACGCACGUUCAGUGAGCCGAAAAAGGCACGUUACACGAAGAAAAGCAUUAUACAUACACACGUCCCGAGAAAAGAAAUUCCUUUUGCAUGAAAAGGAUAAAAAACUCGUGCCUGCAUCGAAUCCCACCGCCCCCCCC